UAGAUAAUUUCCUUGUUAAAGUUAAAUAAGUAAAAAUCCCUCCCCAAGCCGUGCUUGCAUUUUUCAUUGCACACGGCUUUCCCUCUGUAUACAUCUAAAACUCAGUUCCUUCAUUAGACAAGAAAAGAUUGAAUACUCAGUUGAUUUCAUCCUUACUACAUACUACAUCAACAUUUCAGAAUAGAAAGAAAUAAUUUUUUGUUAGCUCUUCAUUAUUUACAUUAUUUAUUAGAUUAUUUAGUGAUGAAAUUUAUAUUUACAAGGUUUCAUAACGAAUCAUUCAUGAUUGGCCAAAUCAUUGAUACAAAUAAUAUCCAAAUACCAAAUCCGCCUUCUAGAUAACCUUCGCGAAAUGGAAGAAACCCUUGGAAAGGUCAGGGAAAAAACUUGUUCUUCUUCCGUAAAGAAUUCUUCUAAUAAUUCCGAGCCGAAUCAAGGGGUAGUCAAAUCCGAUAAUUUACGAUCAAUUCAUUCAAUAUUUUCUUUUUUAGAGGACAACUUUUCACAUUUAAAUUAUGUAUUAGAUAUACUAAUACCUUACCCAUCCCAUCUGGAAAUCUUGGUUCAGGCUCUUCGCUAUUGGAUAAAAGAUGCUUCCUCUUUGCAUUUAUUAAGAUUCUUUCUCCAUGAGUGUCAUAAUUGGGAUAGUCUGAUUACUUCAGAUUCAAAGAAAGCCAGUUCUUCUUUUUCAAAAAGAAAUCACAGACUAUUCUUCUUCCUAUAUACUUCUCAUUUAUGUGAAUAUGAAUCCGGCUUCCUCUUUCUCCGUAACCAAUCUUCUCACUUACGAUCAACAUCUUCUGGAGCCCUUAUUGAACGCAUAUAUUUCUAUGGAAAAAUAGAUCAUCUUGCAGAAGUCUUUGCCAGGGCUUUUCAAGCGAAUUUAUGGUUGUUCAAAGAUCCUUUCAUGCAUUAUGUUAGGUAUCAAGGAAAAUCCAUUCUUGGUUCAAAAGGGACGUUUCUUUUGAUGAAUAAAUGGAAAUAUUACUUUGUCAAUUUCUGGAAAUCUUAUUUUUACCUGUGGUCUCAACCAGGAAGGAUUUAUAUAAACCAAUUAUCCAAUCAUUCCCUUGACUUUCUGGGUUAUCGUUCAAGUGUGCGGCUAAAGCCUUCAAUGGUACGUAGUCAAAUGCUAGAAAAUGCAUUUAUAAUUGAAAAUGCUAUUAAGAAGUUUGAGACUAUUGUUCCAAUUAUGCCUUUGAUUGGAUCAUUGGCUAAAUCUAAAUUUUGUAAUGCAUUGGGGCAUCCUAUUGGUAAGGCGAUUUGGGCCGAUUUCUCAGAUUCUGAUAUUAUUGACCGCUUUGGGCGUAUAUACAGAAAUCUUUCUCAUUAUCAUAGUGGAUCUUCAAAAAAAAAGAGUUUGUAUCGAGUAAAGUAUAUACUUCGACUUUCUUGUGCUAGAACUUUAGCUCGUAAGCAUAAAAGCACUGUACGUGCUUUUUUGAAAAGAUUCGGCUCGGAAUUAUUAGAAGAAUUCUUUACGGAAGAAGAACAAGUUUUUUCCCUGACCUUUCCAAGGGUUUCUUCCAUUUCGCGAAGGUUAUCUAGAAGGCGGAUUUGGUAUUUGGAUAUUAUUUGUAUCAAUGAUUUGGCCAAUCAUGAAUGAUUCGUUAUGAAACCUUGUAAAUAUAAAUUUCAUCACUAAAUAAUCUAAUAAAUAAUGUAAAUAAUGAAGAGCUAACAAAAAAUUAUUUCUUUCUAUUCUGAAAUGUUGAUGUAGUAUGUAGUAAGGAUGAAAUCAACUGAGUAUUCAAUCUUUUCUUGUCUAAUGAAGGAACUGAGUUUUAGAUGUAUACAGAGGGAAAGCCGUGUGCAAUGAAAAAUGCAAGCACGGCUUGGGGAGGGAUUUUUACUUAUUUAACUUUAACAAGGAAAUUAUCUACUCCA